AUGGAAGUGGUCCUCGCCUUUUUAAAGUUCUCUGUUCUCCUGUGUCAUUCUCUGCCUCUGUCCAUCUCUGCCUCUCCCCCUCUCUUCCUCUGCCCCUCUCUGCCUCCACUCCUCUCUGCCCCUCUCUGCCUCUGUCCCUCUCUGCCUCUGUCCCUCUCUGCCUCUCCCCCUCUCUUCCUCUGCCCCUCUCUGCCUCCACUCCUCUCUGCCCCUCUCUGCCUCUGUCCCUCUCUGCCUCUGUCCCUCUCUGCCUCUCCCCCUCUCUGCCUCUGUCCCUCUCUGCCUCUGCCCCCCUCUACCUCUGCCCCUCUCUGCCUCUGCCCCUCUCUGCCUCUGCCCCUCUCUGCCUCUGCCCCUCUCUGCCUCUCCCCCUCUCUGCCUCUCCCCCUCUCUCCCCUCCUUCCUCUGCCCCCUCUUCCUCCUCCCCCCUCUCUUCCUCUCAUCCUCUCUGCCUCUCCCCCUCUCUGCCUCUCUGCCUCUCCCCCUCUCUUCCUCUGCCCCUCUCUUCCUCCCCCUCUCUGCCUCUCCCCCUCUCUUCCUCCCCCUCUCUUCCUCUGCCCCUCUCUGCCUCUCCCCCUCUCUUCCUCUCCCCCUCUCUGCCUCUCCCCCUCUCUUCCUCUCCCCCUCUCUGCCUCUCCCCCUCACUUCCUCUCCCCCUCUCUUCCUCUUCCCCUCUCUGCCUCUCCCCCUCUCUUCCUCUGCCCCUCUCUUCCUCCCCCUCUCUUCCUCUCAUCCUCUCUGCCUCUCCCCCUCUCUGCCUCUCCCCCUCUCCCCCUCUCUUCCUCUUCCCCUCUCUUCCUCUCCCCCUCUCUUCCUCUCCCCCUCUCUGCCUCUCCCCCUCUCUUCCUCCCCCUCUCUCCCUCCCCCUCUCUUCCUCUCAUCCUCUCUGCCUCUCCCCCUCUCUGCCUCUCCCCCUCUCUGCCUCUCCCCCUCUCUGCCUAUCUCCCUCUCUUCCUCUGCCCCUCUCUUCCUCCCCCUCUCUUCCUCUCAUCCUCUCUGCCUCUCCCCCUCUCUGCCUCUCCCCCUCUCUGCCUCUGCCCCUCAGUUUGGUGA